GCCACUGCAUCCCAUAUGCUAAUGGUCUCUCUGAACUGACCAAUCCUAUGCAUGCGCAUUAGGAAUAUGCUAAUUCGUUGCCUAUAUAACCUGUGUGAAACUGCCGCUCAGGGCUCCUCACCGCCUGAGGUGGGGGCCCGUUUGCGCAAACGUUCAAUAAAAACCUCGUGCUUUUUGCAUCAACUGGUCUGGAGUCUGGAUCUUUGGGCGUCCUCCCGAGCAAGUGGGCAUCUCUGCAACUGAGAGGUCCUACAUUUGGCGCCCAACGUGGGGCUCGAGGUCGCCCUCAGACCCAUUCUCUGCAGGACCAGUUGGAGGUAUAAUUAAGUGUUUUCUGUCUGUUGUUUUUUGUCUUGAGUAUUCUGACUGGAUUCUGACUGAAGUAUUCUGACUGGCCAGUAUCUGACCUGACUCUGUGGGACCAGUGGGGGAGGCAGGCGUGCCCAGCAACCCCUGGCCCGUUCCCCGGAGGACGCUCCGGGAUGAGAGGGGAAACCCUCGGUCUGUUCCCCCGGAAGACGCACCGGGGUGGUCUGGAGGUGGGUCGGAGACCAAGUCUCCCUCCUUCCCGGGGAGGGCUGGUCAGGCAGCCGCUCCCAAAAAUAGCGCAAUAGCGUUCGAUUUGUCCUAGCCAUGUGUUUUGUCUUGCUUACUGUAUAUGUCUGUGCAUUGGCUGUUCUUUUUGUUUGGGCUGAAAUCCUUGUACGCAUGGGUCAACAAAUAACCACCCCUUUAAGUCUCACUCUAGAUCACUGGAAGGACGUUCGAGAACGCGCGCGCCACCUCUCAUUGGAGGUUAAAAGGAAACAAUGGGCAAAAUUCUGUUCCUCAGAGUGGCCGGCCUUCGAGGUCGGCUGGCCAAGGAACGGCACUUUUAACCUCGAUAUUAUUUUACAGAUUAAGGAACGAGUCUUUCAGCCAGGAUCCGAUGGACACCCUGAUCAGGUGCCCUACAUUACCACGUGGGAGGAUCUUUCACGUAACCCUCCUCCCUGGAUAGAACCCUUCUCCUUCCCGACGGAGCCCAUACGUACCCCGAUACCCCCUCCUCCUAUCCCGGUUGUGCCAACCUCCUCCCUAUACCCUCUGAAGGAGAUUCGAGAUCCAAAACCUGACAAGCCACCGGUUCUUCCGGCUGAUCAGGACUUUCUGCUCUUUGACUCUCCCCCACCCUAUCUUCCCAGCCAGCCUGCUCCCCCGCAGGAACCCCCACAACAACCAGAGCGGGAUGUGCAACCUUCUGCACCAUCCCCUGAUUCCACGAGGGCAGGGGAAGAAGUCUCAGCUUUUCCUCUUCGCUCGGUGGCUGGCCAGAUGCAGUACUGGCCAUUUUCUGCUUCCGAUCUUUACAAUUGGAAAACCCAUAACCCCUCUUUCUCUCAGGACCCCCAGGCUCUGACUGGGCUGAUCGAGUCAAUUUUAUUGACUCAUCAGCCCACCUGGGAUGAUUGUCAGCAGCUUCUGCCGACCCUCCUCACUACUGAGGAAAAGCAGCGCGACUACCUUGAGGCACGGAAAAACGUCCCUGGAGCAGAUGGCCGACCGACCCUACUGCCAAACGAAAUCGAGGAGGCGUUUCCCUCAACCCGUCCUGAUUGGGACUACACCACCGUUGCUGGUAGGGAGCGACUUCGUCUUUACCGCCAGAUUCUCCUUGCGGGUCUCAGAGGGGCUGGAAAGCGCCCCACCAAUUUGGCCAAGGUACGUGCAGUAGUACAGGGGGCUGAGGAAACGCCGGCAGGCUUCCUAGAAAGAUUAAUGGAAGCCUACCGUAUGUACACCCCGUUUGACCCCCUGGCAGAGGACCGGCAGGGAGAUGUAAUCAUGUCCUUUAUAGGACAGUCAGCGCCGGACAUCCGCAAUAAAUUGCAGCGGCUAGAGGGGCUUCAGGGGUAUACUAUACAAGAUUUAAUGAAGGAGGCAGAAAAGAUUUACAACAAAAGGGAGACCCGAGAGGAGAAGGAGGAAAGGAUCCGCAAGGAGCAGGAGGAAAGGGAAGACAAAAGAGACAAAAGACGUAAUCGAGAGCUUAGUAGAAUUUUGGCCACCGUAGUGCAGGAUACAGAAAGGAGUAGACCAGGACAGAAUAGGGACUUGGGAGACAAACAAAAGCCUCGGGUGGAAAGAGAUCAAUGUGCCUAUUGUAAAGAAAGAGGACACUGGGUCAAAGACUGCCCGAAGAAAACACAGGGACCAAAGAAGAGACCAGUUCCAAUCCUGUCCCUGGAAGAAGACGACUAGGUGAGUCAGGGCCAGGAGCCCCCCCCUGAGCCCAGGAUAACCCUUGAAGUGGGGGGCAGACCGGUAACCUUCCUGAUUGACACGGGAGCCCAGCACUCGGUACUGACUUCAGAAAAAGGGCCUUUAAGCUCCAAGACUUCCUGGGUUCAGGGGGCAACUGGAGGGAAGUUAUAUCGCUGGACAACCAAUCGAGAGGUCCAGUUAAGUACAGGACUUGUGACACACUCGUUCUUACUAGUGCCAGACUGCCCCUACCCCCUCCUGGGCAGGGACCUACUCUCGAAGGUAGGAGCCCAAAUUCACUUCCAUGAGAAAGGAGCUACCAUCACAGACUCAGGAGGGCGGCCCCUCCAGGUAUUAACACUACGCUUGGAGGACGAACACCGAUUAUUCGAGAGGCCCUCGUCCACCAUGGCUCCCCUGGACCCCAAGUGGCUCACAGAUUUUCCUCAGGCCUGGGCAGAGACUGCGGGAAUAGGGCUGGCCGUCAACCGGCCUCCCUUGAUCAUAGAUCUGAAGCCCACGGCCAUUCCCGUGUCAGUUCGUCAAUAUCCGAUGGGCAAGGAAGCUAAGGAAGGUAUCCGGCCACAUAUCCAGAGACUGUUACACCUAGGCAUUUUAAAACCUUGUCGUUCACCUUGGAACACCCCCCUACUACCAGUAAAGAAACCUGGUACGGGUGACUACCGCCCGGUACAGGACUUGCGGGAGGUUAAUAGGAGAACGGAGGAUAUGCAUCCCACAGUGCCCAACCCCUACAAUCUGCUAAGUACCUUGCCUCCGACCCACGUAUGGUACACUGUGUUAGAUCUAAAAGAUGCAUUCUUUUGUUUAAGACUGAGCCCUCAGAGCCAAUCCAUCUUUGCUUUUGAGUGGAAAGACCCAGAGACCGGGUUUUCAGGACAACUCACCUGGACAAGGUUGCCCCAAGGAUUUAAAAACUCGCCUACCUUGUUUGACGAAGCUCUGCACCUAGAUUUGGCCGACUUCCGAGUUAACCAUCCGGACCUGGUCCUCCUGCAAUAUGUGGACGACCUCCUCCUUGCCGCUGAAACUGAGCAGGACUGCCUAAAAGGUACCGGGGCCCUGCUACAGAGACUGGGGGAAUUGGGCUAUCGAGCCUCCGCGAAAAAGGCCCAAAUAUGUCAGAAACAGGUGGCCUACCUAGGCUACCUCCUAGAAGGAGGGCAACGGUGGCUGACAGAGAGCCGAAAAAGGGUGGUUGCUCUAAUUCCACCCCCCACCGAUGCCAGAAAGAUGCGGGAAUUCCUCGGGAGUGCGGGAUUCUGCCGCCUUUGGAUUCCUGGGUUUGCGGAGCUGGCAGCCCCAUUGUACCCCCUCACGAAGUCCAAUGCUCCCUUUCAAUGGAGAGAAGAGCAACAGCGGGCGUUUGACAACAUAAAAAAGGCCCUAUUGUCAGCCCCAGCCCUGAGCCUCCCUGAUAUGACCAAGCCCUUCACAUUAUACGUGGAUGAGAAUAAGGGAGUGGCGAAGGGAGUGCUAACACAAAUGCUUGGACCCUGGAAAAAGCCGGUGGCAUACUUUUCAAAAAAGCUAGACAAUGUAGCGGCCGGCUGGCCUCCGUGCCUCCGCAUGAUAGCGGCCGUGGCAGUUCUGGUGAAAGACUCGGAUAAAUUGACUCUAGGCCAACCUCUCACCAUAGUGGCACCUCAUGCUGUGGAGACAGUUAUCCGCCAGCCACCAGAUCGGUGGCUCUCAAAUGCUCGGAUAACUCAUUACCAGACUAUGUUAUUAAACUCAGAGCGGGUCCGGUUUGGGACUGCCACCUCUUUAAACCCGGCCACCCUGCUCCCGGAACUGGGGCCCCAGGCCCAGGUAAUCCAUAACUGUCAUCAAAUCCUGGCUGAGGCCCACGGCACCCGAAAAGACCUAACCGACCAGCCUCUGCCGGAUGCCGAAAUGACCUGGUUCACGGAUGGGAGCAGCUUUCUACAGAACGGUGAGCGGAGGGCUGGGGCAGCGGUGGUGGAUGGAAAAACUGUUAUCUGGUCAAGUGCCUUAAAGCCUGGAACUUCUGCUCAAAAAGCCGAGCUCAUAGCCUUAACUCAAGCUUUAAAACUGGCACAAGACAAAAAGGUCAACAUUUACACAGACAGUCGGUAUGCUUUCGCCACUGCCCAUCUACAUGGGGAGAUAUACCGGCUAAGGGGCCUCUUAACCUCAGCAGGCAAGGACAUUAAAAAUAAGCAGGAAAUCCUAGAUCUUCUACAGGCCCUGUUCCUGCCCAAAAUGUUGAGUAUAAUUCAUUGCCCCGGGCACCAACGAGGAGACGACCCCGUAGCAAGGGGAAACAGGAUGGCAGACGAGGCCGCUAGGGCGGCAGCCCUGAGCCAACAGGUGCUCCCGUUAAAGACAAUUGAGCCCACCCAAGUAUCGAGGGAACCACCUUUCCUCUAUUCGGACCAAGACUUAGAUACGAUCCAGCGGCUCGGUGCAGAGUAUGAUGAACAAAUAAGGGUUUGGAGGCUCGGAGAGAAAAUAGUCCUGCCACACCAAUUGGCUAAAGAAAUAAUUACCAGCCUCCAUCAAUGGACUCAUUUGGGACACAAAAAGCUAAAAGCAGCCUUACAGGAAGAUAGGCAGUCUUAUUACAUCCCCGGACUUGACUCUUUAGUCCAGCAGGUGACUGAAUCCUGUGUUCCGUGUGCCAAGGUAAAUGCCAGACACCUCAAGCUCCCGGAGGGAGCUAGGGUAAGAGGAGACCGACCAGGAAUCAACUGGGAGGUCGAUUUCACUGAGAUAAGGCCGGGCAGUUAUGGGAAUAAGUAUCUUCUAGUUUUUGUAGACACCUUCUCCGGAUGGACUGAGGCAUUCCCCACAAAACGGGAAACCGCCCAGGUGGUCGUCAAGAAGAUCAUAGAGGAGAUCUUCCCCCGGUUCGGCUUGCCUAAGGUAAUCGGGUCCGACAAUGGCCCAGCGUUUGUCUCCCAGGUAAGUCAGUUGGUGGCCAAAGCAUUAGGCAUAAAUUGGAAAUUGCACUGUGCCUAUAGACCCCAAAGUUCAGGACAGGUAGAAAGAAUGAACAGAACAAUUAAAGAGACCUUGACCAAAUUAGCGUUGGAGACUGGUGUUAAAGACUGGGUCCAACUCCUCCCUAUGGUGUUGUUCCGGGUCCGAAACACGCCCUCUCAUUGCGGGCUGACACCAUACGAAAUCCUUUAUGGAGGGCCCCCACCAGUAGCAGGCUUGCUUGACCUUGCCAGUGACUCCGUUGCCGAUGCCCCUAAGUUACAGGCCCGGUUGAGAGCACUCCAGAUCAUCCAGAACCAGGUCUGGAAACCUCUUGCAGCAGCCUACCAACCCGAGACGACAACCAUCCCACAUCCUUUCCAAAUCGGAGACGCUGUGUAUGUCCGAAGGCACCAAUCUAAGACUCUAGAGCCCCGGUGGAAAGGCCCCUUCACUGUGCUGUUGACAACGCCCACCGCUCUCAAGGUCGACGGAAUCGCUGCUUGGGUCCACGCCUCACACGUGAAGCGAGCACCACCUCCCCAGGGCCCCGAGGAUCCGGAUAGACCAGCCAAAUGGAAGCUCCAGCGCACUCAGAACCCACUCAAGCUAGCCAGGCCGAAGCGGAGGAGCCCGACGGCCCUUCUGGGGCUGCGCCCCCAUCUUCCCUCGGGCCCCUCCUACCUGCCACCUCUGGGGCUCGGCGGGGACUGCGGCGCGGAGGGCUCGGCCGCCGGCCCCCCCGGCCCCGUGGGCCGCUCGCUAGGCUUCUCCGAGGCCCGCCUCCCCCUCUGGGCUCGCCGGUGGCCCGCACCCCCGGCCCGGCACGGCGGGCUCGCCCCCGCGUCCACUGCGGCGGGGGCCCGCCCGCAGCCGGCUCUGGGGCGCUUGCUCGGGCCGGCAGAACUUCCUGUGCUCCCGCAGCCCGCGGGCCGUGGGAGGCCGCAGUGA